AUGGCACCAACACAAUCCCAAAAAAGAGCCGUAGAGCUCGCACAUGGCAACCUCUUCGACGUCUUUGGCAACUACGACACUGUUUCGCGCCACAAAGCAAUUGCAUCACUGUACCAUGAGAGUGCCGUCAUCUAUGAGCCCCAUGGCGUAAUCAUCAAAGGACACGAUGCUAUCGACAAACACAUUCAGGGGUUGCUCGAGAACAAUGCGGGUUGGGAGUUCAAGACAGUUGGGCCGGUGAAGCAGGUACAAGACCUCGUGUCUAUUGCAUGGACGUUCGGGCCCAAUGGGAACCCGAUUCUGGAGGGCGCGGAUCAUAUCAUCGUAGAGAAUGGGAAAAUCAAGGCCGUCUAUGUAGUACUAGGGGACCAGGCCGACAUUAAGUCCUAG